AUGAUAGGGGUUGGAGUCCAGCAAUACCUGCAGGUUGUUUUCUUCUGGAUCAACCUUGCUGCAGCUUCAAUCCGGGAUGAACUCUGUGAGAAUCUUUCUUCUGCCACGAACAUCACUGGUCCCCAGUGCAAUGCCUUAGUGGACCUGAUAGGGACCUGUUGGCCUCGCAGUGCUGCAGGGCAGCUGGUGGCACGUCCCUGUCCUGAGUAUUUCUUUGGAGUGCGAUACAACACCACAAAUAACGUGUACAGAGAAUGCUUUGUGAACGGAAGCUGGGCAGCCCGUGUGAAUUACUCCCAGUGUCAGGAAAUCCUCAGUGAGGAGAAGAGGAGCAAGCUGCACUAUCAUGUUGCCGUGGUCAUCAACUACCUUGGGCACUGCAUCUCCCUGGGGGCCUUGCUGGCUGCUUUUGUCCUCUUCAUGCGCCUGAGGAGCAUCCGCUGCCUACGAAACAUUAUCCACUGGAACUUGAUCACGGCCUUCAUUUUGCGGAAUGCCACGUGGUUUGUGGUACAGCUCACCAUGAAUCCGGAAGUGCAUGAAAGCAAUGUGCCCUGGUGUCGCCUUGUCACUGCAGCCUACAACUACUUUCACGUCACCAAUUUCUUCUGGAUGUUUGGCGAGGGCUGCUACCUUCAUACGGCCAUUGUCCUCACCUAUUCUACCGACAAGCUGCGGAAAUGGAUGUUCAUCUGCAUCGGCUGGGGCAUCCCUUUCCCCAUCAUCAUUGCUUGGGCCAUUGGGAAACUCUACUAUGACAACGAGAAAUGCUGGUUUGGAAAACGUGCAGGAAUUUUCACUGACUACAUCUACCAAGGUCCCAUGAUACUGGUUCUGUUGAUCAACUUUAUAUUUUUAUUCAAUAUUGUCAGAAUCCUGAUGACCAAGCUUCGGGCCUCAACCACCUCAGAGACGAUACAGUACAGAAAAGCUGUGAAGGCUACCCUUGUGCUCCUUCCUUUGCUGGGCAUUACCUACAUGCUUUUCUUUGUCAAUCCCGGAGAAGAUGAAAUUUCCAGGAUCGUAUUCAUCUACUUCAACUCUCUCUUGGAGUCCUUCCAGGGCUUUUUCGUCUCUGUCUUCUACUGCUUCCUGAACAGUGAGGUCCGCUCUGCAGUCCGGAAGAGAUGGCACCGGUGGCAGGACAAACACUCCAUCCGGGCCCGAGUGGCAAGAGCCAUGUCCAUCCCCACAUCUCCAACACGUGUCAGCUUCCACAGCAUCAAGCAGUCAACGGCUCUCUAAAGCUGCCCCAGACUAUGGGGCUGAUGCUUUGCUACAGUUGUGGGGACGGGGCAUGACUUGCCAGCUG